AUGGAUCUGCAGCAAAGUCUAAAAGCUGUAAAGUUGUACCUCAAGCUGGUUGCUGUAAGGAUGGUGAGUUUACAAUUUAUUUUUAAAAUUGAUUUUCAACAAAAUGAUAAUCCACAGAUAUGGAAAAAUACCAGCUAAUACCAAAAGCAAAAAACAAAUCUUCUUAGUAUGUUUAGAUUAUAAUUUACCAGAAAUCAAGGCAUUUAAGGCCAGUAAAGUACAUUUAAGUAUUGCAUUAGUGGGAUCAGUUCAGGUUAUACCCGUAACAACUUGCUAGUUCUGCUGUAGCGAGAUUGUGUGGAUGGUAAUUUAGUUCAGUAAUGAGUUUCAUUAAGUAAUCGCUGUAUUUUUUUUAAACUAAUUUAAGGCAAAGAUGGAAAGGAUGGUCAACAUGGUGAGUCACAUUAAAAUGCAACAAUUUUCCUUCAUUACCAUUUACAUUAAAUUAUGAAACAUUAUAUGAUUUAGAAAUAAUUAGUCUUUUGUAUAAUCAAGUGUUAUUUUUGGUAAUUGCAGGAAAAGAUGGGCACGAUGGAGUGAAUGGUGAUGUACAUUAUUUUAUUAAAUAUUACUAGUAAUAAAGGUUGCGGAGUGUGGGCGACAACAAUUGAAUGUCAAAACGCUUCCGUCUCUUUCCAGUGCUGUGCUUUGUGUGGUGGUCAAAAUAUAUGUGAUUACGAGUGAUAUAAGGUCCAAAUGCACGUGCUCAAAGUGUGUUCGGCGCAUUACGUACAUUCUUUGUGGAAGUCUAAACGAAUGGCUACAUACAUGCCAAGCAUGCAUAAUAACAACCUGGAGAUUAGAAUUGCAGGCUCCGCUUGUCGCCCAUGAUUAUCCUUUAUACAAAUACAAACAUGUCAAUAUACACCUAUUUCAAUUAAGGUUGCUGCCGUGAACCGUGUUUCAUAGCCUUCAUUGCACUAUGAUAAACUCAUGUAGCGGGAAGUUUAGUCUUGUUCACAUUCAUUGAAAUAAUGGAGACCAUUUGUGAAAGGCGUUCAAGAGAGCUUUCAAGUCAAAUGGCUGCUAGAAUUCUUAAGCAUUAGCGAGCUGAAAAAUUUCAUUUUUAAAAUCUCAUAGUAAAAAAUUAGAACCCUCUUUUUUUGACAACAUUAAAUGAAUAGGGUUUUACCGCCUGAUUAAGCUGCGUUUUUUAAUGGGCCAGAAUGCUGGUAAUUUCAAUAAAGUAAAUCAAUGCUAUUCUUUUUUUAUUCAGUUUUAAAAAAAUUGCCUCAAAAAUAGAUAAACACGUAAUGUCAAGUUAUUUAUUGUUGUUCAGCAAAUGCCAUGAAUUUGAUCUUUUUUUAAACUCCAUCCAAAAUUUCCAUGUGCAAGAGCCAAGUAAACUCAUUAAAAAUUUGCAGCAUUUGCUUAUUACCACAGAGAAAAACCUAACCUCAAAUCACUGUCUUCAAUUAAAAAGCCUAGGAUUCAGUGUUUUGAAAUACAUUGUCUUAACGUUCUGCUGACAUAGCAUAAAAGCAUUAGCAGCGUUUGCUUAAUUUCUGGGUUUCUAGGCUCCUUGUUGCAGGCACAUAAUUUACUAGACUUGCUACAAUAGUGCACCGCAGGCUAUGAAACAUGGAUCAUGCAUCAUUCUUCUCAGAAGCAACCUUAAUUGAAAUAGGUGUAUAUACUUGCCAACUCUUUCUGAGUCAAAUUAAUUGAUGCAUGAGAUUUUCUUCCUGUUUUGACAGGAGUUUCUGAAAACGUCCCAGCUACUUCUGCAUAUUUCCAACAAUUUUCCGAAGACUUUUCCAAACUUUGCCAAAAAAUGUGUGAAGUUGUUCUGACAACCUUUGAGCCAUUCUGAAGUUAUUUCAAGUGUCAAAGGGAAAUUGAAUUGACUUUUUGUCAUUAAUCAUAUGUUAAAGAACAAUUUUUCCAAAUUUGUUUGUCAGGUGUGAGAAAUUGUCCUUGUCGAUGAGUGAAAUCAAGGUCUAGAAAUAAGUCCACAGGCAUGAAACUCAUGCAUAAUGUGUUAGAGUUGGCAGGCAUACUGUAAUUAUUCUCAAAAUAAAUCUUAACCAUGGGUUUCCUUCUUGUCAUUCCCCCUGCUGUAGCUUGUUGUCAGUGUAAUAUUACUAAUCCAAGGCUGUGCUCCAAGAAAAAUUGUAAGGAGUCCAGUGCUCUGAACCUGUGAAAAACAGGGAGCCAAGCUUCAGAUUUGUAUGGGAAAGCUAAGAUUUCCUAGUUGCUCAAGAUCAAAUUAAGUGUUUAGGGUCACUGACUGGGCACUGCUCAGUAGAGCAUCAGCAGUGGAACCUCAAUAUAAUGAAUGGCCAAGGGACUGGCAAUAAUAUAACAGGCUACAACGAGGUUUCAUUUUAUUGAGGUUUUUUUUUUCAUUUAUUUUACUAUUACUGGGGUAAAGAAAAUAUUUUGUUCUACUGAGGACUUCGUUAUAUAGAUCCGGUUCAUUAUAAUUAUUGAGGUUCCACUGUAUCACUUUAAUUUGUUUUUUGUCUUGAACACAGGAAAAGAUGGCCAUGAUGGACGU